AUAACAUUCGUCGUUUAUCAUUAAACUGUGAAGGUCAUUAUGAAACUGCGUCUGCUGUUAGUUCUGCUUGUGAGUUUACAAUGUCAAAGUAGAGUGUUUACACGGUGCAAGUUAGCAGUGGAGUUGAUUAACACAAAGAUAAUUUCGAAGACUUUUCUUGGAACCUGGGUCUGCCUGAUAGAGAAAGUUAGUAAAAGGGACACAAGCUUGUUUAUUGAAACGCCGAGCCAAAGGAAGUUUUAUGGAUUGUAUCAGAUCCCUCAGAAAUGGUGUAAAGAAAAGAAACGGGGUGGAGAGUGUAACGUAGCAUGCGAAUCGUUACUCGAUGAUGACAUAAUAGACGACACCCAAUGCGCUUCGUUGAUCGCUGAACGAGAGGGGUUCAAGUACUGGCCCCAGUGGAACACCAGAUGCAAAAAUGAUGAUUUUAUCACCCAGGAGAUUUAUAAGUGUCCAGAUCUAAAAAUAGGCCGAUCGAGUCCCGAAAGAGUCCAAGAAGUGACAUACACGCAUUGGAUCCAGAAGUUUACGAAUCGCAACGAUUUUCGAUCUUAUUAUUACGGGCCAUGGAAUCUAAUGUGAUUAUGUCAAUUGUUUGAAUACGGUUGAAUUUUAAUAAGAUUUUGAACAUUAAUUUGUUACACGUUACAAAUUUUAAAAUAUCGCAAAAUGCCUAAUAUAUAUUUUCAAUAAUAAAUCUAUGACAUGUGA